AUGGACGAACGAGCAGACGGUGCGGGUACUCUCUCUGCUUCAUCUUCUUCCUCCUCUGCCUCAUCUUCUUCCUCCCCCUCUUCUUCCUCCCCCUCUUCCUCUUCUUCCUCAUCGUCCUCGUCUUCUUCCUCUCUUUCCUCCCCGCUCGCUUCGUCUUGCCCUCCUCGUGGUCACGAAGAACGUCCUUUCUUUCCUAGCCUCGCCACAGUCAAAAACGAGGACACAGCGGAGGUCGAAGGCUCUCCGUUCGCGGGAGAAAGAGAAAACGAUCGACACCCAAGGCAAGGUGAAGCGAUCUACGCUGCUUCUCCCCGUCAAGAUGCAGAGAUCGGCAUGAUGGCACAAAAAGAGGAAGAAGAGAAAGAGGAAGAUGAGAAGGAAGGGAAAGAAGAGAAAGAGGAAGAUGAGAAGGAAGGGAAAGAAGAGAAAGAGGAAGAUGAGAAGGAAGGGAAAGAAGAGAAAGAGGAAGAUGAGAAGGAAGGGAAAGAAGAGAAAGAGGAAGAUGAGAAGGAAGGGAAAGAAGAGAAAGAGGAAGAUGAGAAGGAAGGGAAAGAAGAGAAAGAGGAAGAUGAGAAGGAAGGGAAAGAAGAGAAAGAGGAAGAUGAGAAGGAAGGGAAAGAAGAGAAAGAGGAAGAUGAGAAGGAAGGGAAAGAAGAGAAAGAGGAAGAUGAGAAGGAAGGGAAAGAAGAGAAAGAGGAAGAUGAGAAGGAAGGGAAAGAAGAGAAAGAGGAAGAUGAGAAGGAAGGGAAAGAAGAGAAAGAGGAAGAUGAGAAGGAAGGGAAAGAAGAGAAAGAGGAAGAUGAGAAGGAAGAGAAAGAAGAGAAGGAGGAAGAAGAGGAAGAGGGAGAGACACCUGGACAGGAUGAAGAGAUACAGCCGCUUGCACCUGCCGCGGAGGCACCACAGGUGGACCCCGGCAAAGAGGAGGAAGGAUUCGAAAUGGAAGAAAGGGAAGACGGAGGCAAACAGGAAGACCCCGGCAAAGAGGAGGAAGGAUUCGAAAUGGAAGAAAGGGAAGACGGAGGCAAACAGGAAGAGCCCGAUCGAAGGGACGAGGUGACAAGAUUUCCGCUUUCGUCUGACGGCUUUGCCGACCGCCUUGCUCGCGGCGAAGAACCUGCGGAGAGCGGCGGCCACGCCCACGAGAUCAGCGAGUCGGCUUUUGCCCAGUUCGUCGCCGAGGCAAGUGCGCAGACUCGCGCGUUUCCGACAGCCUGGAAGGGCCUUCUUCCCUCGUUCGCGAACGCAGCCAACCGCGCAGUGCACGGGGAAGUUCUCGCCCUGAGAGAUAAAACCCAGGCGCUGAACCUGCAAAUCGCGGAAAGGGAAGAGAGGUCAAAGUUGAUGGAGGUGCACUUGCGGCAUCUCCUGGCCGAGGCGAAGACACUCGCCGGGAUUGUGAAGGCAAAGCAAGACGCUGCGGAGACGGACCGUCACGUCGCAGAUCUGCAUCGGCGACACUUGGGGAAAGUUGAGAGCGAGAAGAAGACCGUUCAGAACGAAAUUGCAGCCUUCCAGCAGAGGCUCCUCUCCGUGCAGGCAGACGCGGUGACGAGCAGCGAGAAAGUCGACAAAUUCAAGCUGCAAAUGAACUGGAACGAAGACGAACUCAGCCAGUGGGUGGCCGCCGAGAAACAGAAACAGGAUGAUCGCCUCGAAGUGGAGCGUCUCCAGCGGGCAGACGAGCGCGAGGUGAAGCAGCUGACGCUUCAGAUCGAGAAGCUCAGCUUGGAAACACAGGCACAGAAAACGAAACUUCACCAGCGUACCACAGACGCCAAGACGCUGCGAAUCGAACUGCAGGCGGCAGCCCGCCACUUUCGCUCUUUGCAAGAAGACCGCCUCCACGUCAUUGAGCAGUGGUCUGUCAACUCUGCACAGAUAUAA